AUGGCUGGACUCUUCCCAAUCGAACCAUUCGAUGAGCGAUUGAAUGAUGUAAUGUUGCCGAAUGAAAGAAUGUCAAUCGACGACUGCCAUUUGCGUUACUUCAGAUAUGGUGAGGUCGACCUUCCUGUUGCAGCUUCUAACGCUAGACCAACUACCUUGAAAGAAUUUGCGCACAUGGCAGCCAUCGGGUGGACACAAGUGAAUGGUGCGAUCCAUUGGGAAUGCGGAGGAUCUUUAAUCUGGGAGAACUACGUGUUAACUGCGGCUCACUGCACCUCCUAUAAAGGAGCAGCUCCGGAUGUGGCUCGCUUUGGAGAUAUUAAUAUCUUCAGUGAUACGGAUGACCGAUUCGCUCAACAGUUGAAGAUUGUUCAAAUAUUUCGGCAUCCCGAUUACAGUUUUAUUCGCGCUUAUAACGACAUUGCCCUUUUGAAGCUAGAGAAAAGUGUCACUUUACACGAAACAGUUUCACCGGCAUGCCUUUGGAUCGACAAGGAAGUUCGCUUUGAUACACUGAAAGCCACUGGCUGGGGAACCACUGGAUACGCUCAAGGCCGAUCUUCAUCGUUACUGAAAAUAACAGUAAAACCCACCACAUACAAGGAAUGCAGUGAGUUUUAUUCCACCGACAGCCUGGCAAGGGACGGCAUCAAGGAAACUCAAUUGUGCGCCGCAGAUGAGACCAUGACUACCUGUCCCGGUGACUCCGGAGGGCCACUGGAAAUUAAAUUGCUUCACAAUGGGAAGAUGUCUCCAUUUAUUGUCGGUGUAACUUCAUUCGGUGCACCCUGCGGAACGGCAGCCCCCGGUGUCUAUACGAAAGUUUCGGCUUACUACCCAUGGAUUCUGCAAACAAUGCAAAGUCAGGAGAGGAAUGUCUUUGACUGGAGUCUGGAACCUAUCAGUUGCGCCCUUCGAUACGUUCAUUUACGGCAGUACGAAGACAAUGUACUCUUUAAAAAAUCCUCCACACCUUACGAUAGCCCCGAGCCUUACGAUGACCCUGAGACUUACGAUAGCUCCGAAUCUCACGAUGACCGGAACGAUAACUCCGAAUCUUACGAUGACCUGAACGAUAACACCGAGCCUUACGAUGACUGUGAGUCUGGCGAUGACUGUGAGUCUGGCAAAGACUCUGAGUCUGGCAAAGACCCUGAGUAUGGCGAAGACUCUGAGUCUGGCAAAGACUUUGAGUCUGGCAAAGACUCUGAGACUAGCGAUGACUCUGACUUUUUCGAAGACUCUGAGUCUGGCGAAGACGUUGACGAUGACGUUGAGCCUCCUGAUAAUCCCGAACAAACCACUGAUUACAUUUUUGCUGACCGCGAGAAAGGACAUAUGCACUUUGCUGAUUAUAACGAUUUACGGCAUAAGGUUACUGUAGCAUGGAAGGAUGGAGGCAGGGAAAAUUGCAGUGCAACCCUAAUUGCCGACGAUACUGCACUCACUCUAGCGGAAUGCACAUCACAUUACGGCAUUGCUCCUUCACAUGUGGUUGUUCAUUCGUAUGAAAAAGACUUCGAUAUCACAAAGAUAAUAGUGCACCCGGAAUAUACAGAAAAUUCCCUGUACAACAACAUUGCUGUACUUAAACUAAAAUAUCGCGUGAAAUUUUCUGAACAGGUGACCCCGGCGUGCAUAUGGCAUUCACAAGAGAUCCCCGACCCACAGAAGGUGGAAGUGGCGAGUAUCGGUCGUAUCGACGUAAACACAUUUGACUUGCCCGAACAUUUCGUUACAGAACCAUUGCGUCGCACACUCUUGCCUAGAUUAAGUGUGAAUGAUCCUCAAAAUUGUUCGGUUUCUGAAGAAUUUCGUUCACGUUUGACACGAGGUUUGGCACCAGAGCACCUAUGCGUUGGAGACCGUUUAUUCCUGGUCCCCGAAACAUGCACGUUACUCUACGGUGCCCCUAUGCAACGGAAAAUUAGUAGAAACGAUCGCGUCUUCACCUACGCAUAUGGAUUAAAUGCUUUUGGCAGAGAUUGCGGCUUUGGUAAGGCAACCAUAGCUACAAGAUUAGCCAGCCACGUGGAUUGGCUUAAAACGGUUCUGCUUCCCAACUCUUAUGGUGGACAAUCGGCAGUGCAAUUCGUAAAUCCAGAUUGGAAGGAAGGCGAGAGUUGUGAUUUUGACUACGACGAUGAACUGCCAGGAAUUUGCACACAUUACACAAAAUGUCCGAAGGUAUGGAAUGAUUUUAAAGCCAAUCGACGAGUAAGUUUUUGUUCUUCUGCGCAAGUGAUUUGUUGUCCUCAGAGGUUUGUGAAAAACGGACUUUUCCAAAAACGAAAAGAUGAAUUAGAGGCUUGUCGAGCAGAUUACCAGCAAAACCUCAAAUGGUACGGGAAGUCCGUAUACAGAUGGUCUAUUUUUCCAAAGAUCACCCUAAGGUGGAAGGAGUCGCAAACUACUCACUGUCUUGCAUCACUGAUUACUAAACGUACUGCCGUUACCUCGGCUAGUUGUGCACUUUUAUUGUCAAACACACCAGCUGUGGCCAUUUUGGUGACUGAUGAAUCAAUCCCAAUAGAGCAGGUCAUUGCCCAUCCAAACUAUCACAGUAACAAUAGUUCAAAUGACAUUGCACUUAUCAAACUGAUGCGCGAAAUAACACCAAAUGCGUCGGUGUUUCCAAUAUGUGCUUGGACCAAUCUUACCCACACCCCGUUUCAUCUGAAAUUAAUAGGAGCAGGAAAUAUCGGAAGGAUUUAUAAAAAGAAUGUAGCACCUAUGUAUAAUACUGAUUGCCAGCACGAUUAUGAAAGCGGAAUUACACCCGAUCUUUUAUGUGUGCAGGAUGUCAGUUUCGUUUUGCGCAGUAUCAGCGAGCACAAUACUUGCUUCAAAAAGGGUGACCAAUUGAUUUGGGCCGGCUUCGAUGGUUCUGAAAUACCUCACCUACCCUAUUGA